AUGUUAUAUUCAAUAGGUUUUGCUUCACUUGAUCUUGUUUUACCCGUUGCUCCACACUAUCGUACUGAUCCGCAAGUACUCAAAGAUGUUGAAAAAAUGCGUACUAAUGCAGCUAGUCGUUGGGCAAAAUAUGAAUUUGCUCAAACACCUUCUGGAUUUCAUAAUAAUAAUAAUAAUACUAAUGACAAUUCAUCAAAAAUAGCAGCAUUAGCACGGCCGAAAAUAGAAGUUUUACGUGCUAAUUCACCCACACUUAAACGUUUGUUAGCUGCACGUAUUAAACUUGAAAAAUAUGCUAAUUCAACUGGACGGACUAUGUCUGCUAGUCGACAAUCUAUGCGUUCAAUACAUGAGACACCAUAUCAGAUAGCUCAUGAAAAACAAUCAUCUGUAUUAUCAAAACCAAUUCAUGAAAAACAAUCACCUACAUUAUCAAAAUCAACUUAUGUACCAUCACAACCACCUCCAGCAUCUUCACACCCAGUUAAGAAAAUUAAAUCUCAAUCAAGUCUUGAUAAUGGACCACUUGAUAAAAUAACUUAUGAAAAAACUUGGACACGUAAUGGUAAUGUAAAACAAAAAUGUUCAUUAGAAAUUUGGUUACCUAAAGCGGGUCUUGAUGAUGAUGAUGGAAAUACAACUCGAACAACAACACCAGAUGUAAAAACAAUUGAAAACAAUUCUCAAACAAUGCCUAUUAUUAAAAGUCGUCGAUCAAGUGUCGCCAAAAUAACAGCGACAACAACAAUAACUAAUAUUGAAGCAAAAUCAUUAGAUGAAAUAUCAUCGAAAAAAUCUGAACCUGUUGUUAUACCACGUGUUUAUCAUUAUGGAGAUUAUAUUAUGGAUAUACCUGAAGAACGACCACGUUCAAGUAAAAGUGUUACAACAGUUAAAUCGGAUGGUGCUGCUUCAAUUAAAAGUGUUCGUCGUCAACAAACACGUCCACAUACUGGUCGUCAAUCAAUAUCAACAAAUAAUAGUGAAGAAAUUCUUCGUUUUGGAACAAUAGAGGUACCCAAAUCAGCUAAAAAUUUAUCUGUUAAUACAAAAUCAACUAGUUCAAAUCGUGAAAUAAAACCUACAAUAAAAUCUAGUAAUCCAUCAAUGAUAAAUGAAUUAAUGCAAAAAUAUUCAUUAAUAAAAAAAAAUCAUCAAGAAUUAACACAAGCGAAAUUACAACUUGAAAAACCAAAUAUUGAUUCAAGAAAUAAUUCAAAUUUAACUAAAGAUCAUUCACCACGUCCUCGACCACCUCCUGUACCUGAAUCAACAUCACUUGUUUCAUCUGAUCAUCCAAUAGUUUCUGUAAAAAGAAUUCUUAUUGAUACAUCAGUUUCACGUGCAACUAAUGAUCAUAGUUAUACAAAUACAAAACUUCUCGAACGACGUUCAUCUCCUCGUAAACCAUCUCAACCGGACAUAUAUCCUCAAUUACGUAUUUUUUCUCUUGCUAAUCAACAACAACAUCGCCAAUCAUCAGCAACUGAAUCUGUUGUUAAUGCUGCCCAUUUACCGAAUGUUAAUGGAAAAAAAACCGAUGAUACACAACGUGCUUUACAACGUAGUAAAACAUUAGAUGUUGUCUUAGAUAUUCCAACAUCAGUUAACGUACCACCACGUGCACCUAUCCAAGCAGAUAAUUCAUCAUCUAAUCGAAUUCACCGUACAACAAAUGGAAUGAUUGAACAAACACCUUCACUUAUUUCUAAUCGAUCUGCACUUAACCUUUAUUCUGAACAUAGAAAACAACAACAACAUAGAUCAUCUAUUAUUCAAAAUUCUCGACAAAAUUAUCAUCGUUCAUCAACGACAACAACAACAAGCGUUCCAACAAAUAAAGUACUUGUUCAUUUUAAUCAUAGUAACAAUGGAAAUUUGGAUCGCAAUUAUCUUGUACCUGAAUAG